GUAUUGGAUGAAGCAGAUAGAAUGCUGGAUAUGGGUUUUGAGCCUCAAAUAAUGAAGAUUUUGUUAGAUAUACGUCCUGACAGACAAACAGUUAUGACCAGUGCUACAUGGCCAGAUGGUAUCCGCCGCCUUGCAAAAUCAUACUUGAAAGAUCCAAUUAUUGUAUAUGUUGGUACUCUAGAUUUAGCGGCAGUCGAUACAGUAGAACAGAAGAUUGUUAUUAUUCCAGAAGAAGAAAAAAGAGCUUUCACACGUUUUUUCAUUGAUACUAUGAAGUCUGAUGACAAGGUCAUAAUUUUUGUGGGAAAGAAACUUACUGCUGAUGAUCUUUCAAGUGAUUUUGGCCUUCAGGGAAUUCCAGUUCAGUCUUUGCAUGGCAAUAGAGAACAGUGUGAUCGUGAACAAGCUUUGGAGGAUUUCAAAAAAGGCAGAGUUCGUAUAUUGAUAGCAACAGAUUUGGCUUCCCGUGGACUUGAUGUGCAAGAUAUCACUCAUGUCUUUAAUUUUGAUUUCCCUCGUAACAUUGAAGAAUAUGUUCAUAGAGUGGGCCGUACUGGACGAGCUGGACGCAUGGGGGAAGCUGUAACGCUUGUGACUAGGAAUGAUUGGCGAAUUGCAUCUGAAUUGAUUGACAUUUUAGAAAGAGGAAACCAGGUGAUUCCUGAAGAACUCAUUUCGAUGGCUGAAAGAUAUAAGCAAUUCCAGUUGAAAAAGGAAAUGGAAAAAGAUUUAGGAAGGCCAUGGGGGAGACCACGGAAAGGUUUCUAA